AUGAAGAUGUGCAAUGAGACAGUGAUGAGGGUAUUCACUCAGAUGGACUCGCACCUUUACAAUAAAGUCCAGCUGUGUUCCUCUAGCCUGAGCUACGUGGUCAACAUGCUCCUGAGUGUUCCUUUACUGCUCGUCAUCGCCAGACCACCUGCCCUGCUGAGCAAACUGCGCUUCCUGCUUCUCAUCCACCUGCUCUUCUGCAACAACCUGCAGCUGUUCCUCAAGACCGUCAUGGCGGUGAUGUUCAUCUCCCAGUCAGGCCUCCUGGUGUCGCAGUGCCUGGUCUUCACCGCCGGCUCCCAGGCCUGCUCCAUGGUGCAGGUGCUCCUUAGCGUCGCCCUGGCUGUGGACCGCUGCGUGGCCAUCAAGUGGCCCCUGCGGUACGAGCUCCUGUUCAGCCCCCGCCGCAAACAGGCGCUGGUGGUGUUUUCGUGGGGAGUGUCCACUCUGCUCUCGAUGAUGGCCCUGUGCAUGGGGCUCCACCAAAUGCUGCUCGAUGCCAAACUGCCCCGCUGCCGCCCCCUGCUGGUGGGCCUCUGCCUGACCAGAAGCUUACCCCUGCAGGCUUUCUGUGUGUCGGUCAGCGCCUUGGUGCUGCCGGCCUCCUUCCUGACCACGCUGGGCUGCUUUCUACUGCUGUGCCAGGACAUCCGCGGGCUCCCCUGCUCCCGCCGUGGGGUGGUCACCCUGGCCCUGCAGGCCAUCCAGAUGCUGUGCUACUCGGUGCCCGUGGUGCUGACCAGCUACCUGCUGCCCAACACCCUGCAGUACGACACCUUGGAAAUCGCCGUCUCCAACGCCUACAACCUGGGCAUUUCGCUGGUCCCGCUGGUGUAUGGGUACCGCUCCCGGGAGCUGCAGAAGAGGCUGCUGCAGGCCCUGCCUCGCAACACUAUCAGCCCUGGUCAAUGA